GCUCCUAGCCCCCCAUCCUUACAAGAGGCCAGCCCCAGCUUCUGCUCCAGUAGCUCCUAGCCCCUCAUCCUUACAAGAGGCCAGCCCCAGCUUCUGCUCCAGUAGCUCCUAGCCCCCCAUCCUUACAAGAGGCCAGCCCCAGCUUCCGCUCCAGUAUCCCCUAGCCUAAGCCCCUCCAGGACUGAGAAGGGACCAUGAGCACAGGCAAGCCCAGCGGAAUCAAGCCCCCCAGUAAGAUAAGCAGGCCGACUGGGUUACCAACACGCACCUCCCCUUCCUCUGCUGCUUCCAAGCCUGUGCCCCCUGAGAAGUCUCCCACCCAGGAUGGAGCAGUGGACUACCGGGUGGGGGAGAAGGUGUGGGUCAACGGCAACAAGCCAGGAUAUGUCCACUUCCUGGGGGAUACACAGUUUGCCCCGGGCCAGUGGGUCGGCAUCGUCCUGGAUGAGGCUAUCGGGAAGAACGAUGGGUCUGUGGCAGGUGUCCAGUAUUUCCAGUGUGAGGAUGGCAGAGGGAUAUUCACACGGCCCUCCAAGCUGACCAAGACAGCUAUGCCGGAGAGGGAGGCCAAUGGUGGGCAGCAUAACCCUGGCGAGACAGGGGCCAAGUCCCCUAGCUCUGCUGCUGCUGGGGCUGCUACUACCACUGGUAACAGCACCAAGACACCGCUGAGUAGAACCGUGACCGGCAAUGGGUCAAUGUCCAACCUCUCUGAGACAGACUCAGCCAGGAAGACCAGAAGAGAACUGAGACUGGGAGACCGCGUGCUGGUGGGGGGUACUAAGGCAGGGGUGGUGAGGUUCUUGGGGGAGACAGAGUUUGCCAAGGCGGAGUGGUGUGGAGUGGAGCUGGACGAACCUCUUGGGAAGAAUGAUGGAGCCGUGGCUGGAACCAGGUAUUUCCAGUGCCUGCCGCGAUACGGUCUGUUUGCUCCAGUCCAUAAGGUGACUCGUAUCGGCUUCCCCAGCACCCAGGCUAAAGCCAAGGCUUCCUCUCGGAGACGCUCCACCAUGAAGAGGAGUCCCAGUGCCUCCUCCAUGAGCUCCCUGAGCUCUGUCACCUCCUCUGUUAGUGGGAAACCCAGCCGCGCUGGCCUGUUGACAGAGACCUCGUCACGGUAUGCUCGUAAGAUCUCUGGCACCACAGCGCUACAGGAAGCGCUGAAGGAGAAGCAGCAGCACAUCGAGCAGCUAUUGGCCGAGAGGGACAUGGAACGCGGGGAGGUCGCCAAAGCAACCAGCCAUGCUGGAGAGGUGCAGCAGGAACUGUCUCUGCUCAGGAAGGUUCAGGAGCAGGAUAACUCUUUCUAUCUGUCUGACAGGAAAGUGGAAGACCUGCAGUUCACUGUGGAAGAGGCUUGUAUCACUAAAGGUGACCUAGAGACGCAGACCAAACUGGAGCAAGCCCAUAUUAAGGAGCUUGAGCAGAGCCUUCUGUUUGAAAAGACCAAAGCUGACAAACUGCAGAGGGAUUUAGAGGACACUAGGGUGGCCACAGUGUCUGAGCGGUCCAGGAUCAUGGAGCUGGAGAGAGAGGUAGCGGAGCUGCAGAUGAGACUACGCUCCUCCCAGCAGACAGGGGGCGCUGUGUCGCUGUCACCAGAGGCGCUCAGCAACCUCAAGGCCCGGGCCCAGUCCCAGGAGAAGAAGAUCAGUGAACUGAAUGUGAAUCUGGACAGCAGGCAGAAACAGCUAUGCUCUGUAGAAGAGGACAAGAGCUCCCUGGAACAGCAGCUAACCAGCCUGAGACAGAAACUGGACGUAGCAGAGGAAAAGAACAAGAGGACGGCACGAACCAUGCAAGGUAAGCAAAGCGGCCCUAAGAGAGGCACUGGUAAAGAUUCAGAGGCACAGAGAGAAGAGAACCAAGGCAAAGAGAAAGAGCUUCAGGAUAGACUGACGCAGGCUGCUGAGUCAUCAGAGAGGACCGCCCACUCACUGGAGCAGCUGACCAAUGAGAAGACAGCGCUAGAGGCUCAGCUCGGGGCACUGAAACAGCACAAUUCCAAAUUCCAGGAAGAACUCAGUCUCUCGCAGGUGCGAGGCAGCUCAGAAAGCCAGCACAUCGGAACUCUGUGCAAGGAAAUUGAGGUACUGAAGCUGGCCAGUCUGAAGUCUCAUAACCAGCCAGACAUGAAAGACAGGGAAACUCUGUCCAACCAGGAGACAGAUGAGGACAAGGAGCUGGAGACUCUGAGGGAUGAGAUCGCGGUGCUGCGAGGUGAGAACGCCAUGGCCAAGACGCUGCAGUCUGCCGUGGAGACGCUGGAGAGAGACAAGGCCCAGCUACAGGAACGCGUCACCAGCCUGGAGCAGAGGCUAUUGGGACGGCAGGCUUCCGAGGGAGGGGACAGUGGAGUGCCUUCCUCAGGUGACACAGCUCUGGACCAGUUGAGAGAAGAGAAGGAGUUUGCAGAGGGACAGAUUAACUUCCUGAACAGUGUGAUCGUGGACCUGCAGAGGAAGAAUGAGGAGUUGAAGGUCAAGCUGAAGAAGAUGGCUCUGGCGGAGUUCAAUGGCACUGAUGGUUUGGAGGGUGGAUCUAAGAAGGACAAGAAGGCUCCUCCUCGUCUGUUCUGUGAUAUCUGUGACUGUUUUGACCUGCAUGACACUGAGGACUGUCCAACCCAGGCCCAGAGCCCCGACUCAGUCCCCCACUCUUCCUUCAAGGGCAAACCUGCCGACCAGCGGCCGUAUUGCGACAUCUGUGAGGCCUUCGGUCACUCCACAGAGUCCUGCCAGGAAGACCAGACCUUCUAGACACUCAUCUUCUCACCCCAACCAUGCCAGGCCUAGCUUUAAGACCCUUCACAGACCGCCAAACACACACCAGACUCCUUUCUCUGGGUUUUUAAUAACAUAGUAUUUAUGUAUGUCCCUCACUGUCAUAGUCCACUCGGAUAACCCCAAAUCACCCGCUACAAAAGACUCUCCUACUAUUUCUAAUACUUCCUCUCUCUAACUCUCCUCUCCUCCCUCUCUCUAACUCUCAUCUCUCUCUAACUCUCAUCACCCUCUAACUCU